CGCGCGACACUCGAAGAGGUAAUCCUGCACCGAUCGUCGCGUGACUGUGGAGAGUUCUUGGUUGAGUGAAAGUUUCGCCGAGGAAGGCUUCCUCGAGAGGGCAGGAACACUUGGUCACCAGUUCCUCGGUCCAACGUUUCUCGACAGGUUCAUUCAGCCGCCGACAAAUUCCCGUUUUUUAAAUAAUGAACGCGCCUCUUUCGACCAGUGAAGUGCACCACGGUUUGCCGAAUUGACACGUCAGUUUCUGGAUGACAAGUUGACAAGAUCGAAGAAGUGAAGCGCGAAACGUACCAAAACCUGAUAAGAAAUAUCGCUCAACCAUCACCCUCACCUAUCCCUCGAACCGCCAGUCAUGGACACCGACGAAUUUCGGGAGUUUGGUAAAGCAGCGGUUGACUAUCUCGCCGACUACACGGAUACCCUUAGGGAACGUCCGGUUAUCCCCAACGUGGAACCGGGAUAUCUGGGUCGCUUGAUUCCCGACGAGGCACCGGAGAAGCCAGAAUCGUGGCAAGAAGUCCUGGGAGACGUCGAGCGCGUCAUCAUGCCAGGUAUGACACAUUGGAACUCGCCCCAAUUUCACGGCUACUUCCCGUCGGCGGUCUCGUAUCCUUCUGUCGUAGCAGAAAUGCUUAGUGCCGGAAUAGGCUGCUUAGGAUUUUCCUGGAUGACUUCUCCGGUGUGCACGGAGCUGGAAGUGACCAUGAUGAACUGGCUCGGAAAGAUGUUGGGCCUGCCCGAACAAUUUCUGAACUGCACAAAGGGUCCAGGUGGUGGUGUAAUUCAGUCCUCGGCAAGUGUUGCCACUUUUGUCGGUCUUUUGGCAGCCAAAGAACGAACCACGCGUCGUAUGAUGAAACUCCAUCCGGAUUGGAGCGAAGCAGACAUCAAAGCCAAGCUAAUCGCUUACACUUCCGAUCAGGCCAACUCGUCCGUUGAGAAGGCCGGACUCUUGGGUUCAAUGCCAAUGAGACAUUUGCCAUCGGACGAGCAUUGCCGUCUACGAGGAUCCACCCUCCUAGAAGCAAUCGAAAAGGACGAAAGGGAGGGUCUGAUACCUUGUUACGUCGUUGCCACUCUCGGGACCACCGGCACUUGUGCUCACGACUGCUUGGAAGAGCUCGGACCGAUUUGCAACGACAAAAAUGUUUGGCUUCACGUUGACGCCGCCUACGCAGGCGCUGCUUUCGUAUGCCCUGAAUUCAGGCAUCUGAUGUCGGGUGUCGAAUUUGCCGAUUCUUUUGACUUCAAUCCGCACAAGUGGUUGCUGGUCAACUUCGACUGCUCAGCAAUGUGGGUGAAGGACUCCAGAUACUUAGUGGAGGCCUUCAACGUUGACAGAAUCUAUCUUGCACACGAGAAAGAAGGACAACAGCCUGACUACAGACACUGGCAAAUUCCCCUGGGUCGCAGAUUUCGCGCUCUUAAGCUCUGGUUCGUGAUGAGAAUGUACGGGGUUCAGGGUCUGCAAAACUAUAUCCGUCACACUGUAAAUCUCGCAAAGCAAUUCGAGGGAUACAUUAGGAACGACGAUCGUUUUGAAAUAGUAACCGAAGUUACAAUGGCUCUGGUUUGCUUCCGAAUGAAGGGAGACAAUUCAAACACCCGCGAACUUCUGGAUAAGCUAUUAGCGCGCAGGAAGAUUUACGUGAUCGCGGCAACUUACAGAGAGAAACUGUUCAUCCGUUUCGUGGUGUGCAGUAGUCUCUGUGAGGCCAGAGACAUGGAAUUUGCUUGGAAAGAAGUCAGCGAACGGGCGACCGAGAUAUUAAAUCCGGUUCCGCAGCAAGACGUCGCCGUAAUGAGUGCGAUCGAAUCCAGCAAGGAACCUGCCACGAACAUCGCCACAAUGAUUAAGGACUUGAAGAUAGAGCACGGCCUGAAGGAAAAAGCACCGAAGAUCUCUUGAACUCGUCGCGAAUCACAAAAUACUGAUGUUUCUUCUAUUAUUAUCAAGUAUUUUUUAGUUUUUUUUUUAAUUUUUAAAAUAGGGGUUCAGUGUCGGUUGACUAUCGUCCAGAUCAUACUAUUUUCCUUUUCUAGACAGGUAUUAAACCACGACUUGUCAGUCGCAAACUAGGCAAUUACACAGCGAGGUGCACACAUUACUGCAAUCAGCUGCACAGAUCCGCAGAAUUAUCUACGUUACCAUCUUCGUUCGUAACUCUAUGGAAUUCCACUGAUACAGAAUCUCCAAGUAUCGUUGAUUAAUUUAUUGUGAAAGUUUUUUUUUUUUUUUUAACAAGUUAAUAGAAUUGUUACCAAAGAUUUGCCUUGUAUUUUCUCCCCAACUCCAAACUAUAUUCCUAGCUGAGAUAUUCUUUAUCAAUUCUCGUUAUAUUUUCUCACUCAAAUUAAUGGUCGUACGUUUUUAUAGUUUUCGUUAUACAACGGUCACCGUGCCGAGAUAUGCAAAGGUUAAAAAACCUUUAAUUUACGGUUAAAAGUGAAGAAGAUGAGUGUAAUUAUUUUAUUACUCUGAUUGUAGAUUAUAGAUUUAAUAUAAAUAAUUGUUAUUAGCGUUAAAUUGCAUACGGAUCACUUAUAAAAAUAUUUUUAUACAUAAUGUAUUUACGGAAACAGCACAAUUCUAUAAACCGAACAUCAUUGAAGUUUAACUCAGAAUAAGAAGUUCAUUAUUACCGGCUGGUUUUAAUCAGAACUCUGUCAUCUCAUCAACCUUACAAUAAUUCUUCAGUCCACGACUAACUUUCCGUUAAUCUGGAAACA